CUUUCGCCGAUUGGGUUUAAGGCCCGCCAAUCGCUACGUCGGGCGGGACGGAAGCCUCUGUCAUCCAUCCACCGCCCGCUCUCCCUACAACUGACCUAAGGCAGAGCCAACCAACGGGGUGGCUGCGUGCGCCGCGUCGCCCUCAUUAACCAAUGGCGGGCGCAGUGGGCGGUGGCAAAGAGGAAGCUACUAGCCAGCGAGAGAGGCAGCGGUAGCGGCAGCGGCGCAGCUCGGCGAGGAAGAGAUUGGAUAGGGAAGCUAACUUACUGGACACAAAGUGCUGUUUCGGAGAACAUGUCAUCCAUAUUGCCAUUCACUCCACCAGUUGUGAAGAGACUGCUGGGGUGGAAGAAAUCAGCUGGUGGUUCUGGAGGGGCUGGUGGUGGUGAGCAGAACGGUCAAGAAGAAAAAUGGUGUGAGAAGGCAGUGAAAAGCUUGGUCAAGAAACUCAAGAAAACAGGGCAACUAGAUGAGCUUGAGAAAGCAAUCACCACUCAGAACUGCAAUACAAAAUGUGUUACAAUACCAAGCACUUGCUCUGAAAUUUGGGGACUGAGUACACCAAAUACGAUAGAUCAGUGGGAUACAACAGGCCUUUACAGCUUCUCUGAACAAACCAGGUCUCUUGAUGGCCGUCUACAGGUAUCUCAUCGUAAAGGAUUACCACAUGUUAUUUACUGCCGCUUGUGGCGCUGGCCAGAUCUUCACAGUCAUCAUGAACUUAAGGCAAUUGAAAACUGUGAAUAUGCUUUUAAUCUUAAAAAGGAUGAAGUAUGUGUAAAUCCUUACCACUACCAGAGAGUGGAGACACCAGUUUUGCCUCCUGUGCUAGUGCCACGACAUACUGAGAUUCUAACAGAACUUCCACCCCUUGAUGACUAUACUCAUUCCAUUCCUGAAAACACUAACUUUCCAGCUGGAAUUGAACCACAGAGCAAUUAUAUACCAGAAACGCCACCACCAGGAUAUAUCAGUGAAGAUGGAGAAACAAGUGACCAGCAGUUGAACCAAAGCAUGGAUACAGGAUCUCCAGCAGAGCUAUCUCCUAGUACUCUAUCCCCAGUUAAUCAUAGCUUGGACUUGCAGCCCGUCACUUACUCAGAGCCUGCAUUUUGGUGUUCAAUAGCAUAUUAUGAACUGAAUCAGAGAGUGGGAGAAACCUUCCAUGCAUCACAGCCUUCAUUGACUGUAGAUGGUUUUACAGAUCCAUCAAAUUCAGAAAGAUUUUGUCUAGGUUUGCUCUCCAACGUUAACAGAAAUGCCACAGUGGAAAUGACAAGGCGACACAUAGGAAGGGGAGUGCGUCUGUAUUACAUUGGUGGGGAAGUUUUUGCUGAGUGCCUAAGUGAUAGCGCAAUCUUUGUUCAGAGCCCCAAUUGUAAUCAAAGAUAUGGCUGGCAUCCUGCAACAGUAUGCAAAAUUCCACCAGGAUGCAACUUGAAGAUCUUUAAUAACCAGGAAUUUGCUGCUCUUCUGGCUCAAUCUGUAAAUCAGGGUUUUGAAGCAGUGUAUCAGCUAACUAGAAUGUGUACCAUAAGAAUGAGUUUUGUUAAAGGAUGGGGGGCUGAAUACAGACGGCAAACGGUAACAAGCACUCCUUGCUGGAUUGAACUGCAUCUGAAUGGACCUCUACAAUGGUUGGACAAAGUAUUGACUCAGAUGGGCUCUCCUUCAGUACGCUGCUCCAGCAUGUCGUAAAACAACUUCCUCUGGGGGUUUAACAGUGGGCUAAAUAUCAAGUCCAGUCAACAGACUUAAUAUAACAGCUCGUCUGUCACAGUAUUGGUGUGGUUCCCAUGAACUAUUUACUAUUCAAAAAGUUUUAAAAACAACAACAAAAAAACAGCACUUGAGGUCUCAUCAAUUAAAGCACCUUGUGGAUUCUGUUUCCUGUACUCUGAUACUAGAUGAAAAUUUAGUGUAUAGAAACACAACCUGAAGGAGGAAGGGACAGUUCUAAAGACUCUUAAUGGUGUUUUCAUUGGGUGUAUAAUUGAGUGUCCUAAAGGUUUAUCAAUAACAUGAAUAGUUGCAUAUAUGUACAUCUAAUGUAUCAUGAUCUCUAAUAUCACAGUAUUGUGCUGUUCUACAUUUUUAGAACCCAUAAACAGAUGUGUGCUCUUUUUAAUUUUGGGCAUACUUCUGAUAAAAUUCCAAGUUCUCUCUAAUCCUAUAUUCUUUUUAUAUUUUUUAUAUAUGCAGGUUUUAAAGAUGUCCUUUUAAAAAAAAAAAAAAAAAAAGUGCAGGGGGAGGGGGGCGGGGGACUUUCCUUGUAGAGAAAAGCUUAACUUUUUGCUGCCUUCUUGAAAAUCCCUCCUCUGGAAGGGAAGGAAAUGCCUGAGUUUCAUCUCUGAAAUCUUAAACACUUUGUAUACUUAAUGGGGCCCAAAAUGAAUUUAUAUUGUAAAUUCUGAGUCUACCCAUCACACAAGGAGCCUACUUCUCCCCCUCCCCAUCCAAAGUAAUGCAUCUGUUGCCGGCAAUAGAUGCACUGACACUGCCGGCACUGAGGCGUUGGACUUUUUUUUGUACUUCAAAUCAUUAAGAGCAAAUACUUUCUUUCAUGAAACGAAAAUUUAUAGUAGCAUUGAAUAGACUUGUGUAAACAUACAAGCUAUUGGCUUACCCCUUACACCUAUGUUUUUAAAUAGCUGUCACUUAAAUCUUGAGUUUAAUUUUUGAACACAAAUACCUUUAAACAGCUUCCCCCAGGGAUAAACUAGACUUUUCCAUGUAGGUUUUAAAUAGAUGCAGCUUUUUUAAUAUAUUUAGUGAUGGAAUGUAAACUUGAUCUGAGUGGUUUUGUAUGGCUUAGUUACAUACCAGAUCAUACGCAUUCAUUAUAAAAUAAUGAGCCUUGUAAAAGUAGGUGCUUCUGCAAAAGCUCUAGGAUAGUGGUUGCUGAGGUAUGACCAGCAAAGGAGGAUUUUUAGGUUCUUCAAUACAGUGCAUGUUAUUGUGAACCCUUGGACACUACAUCUGCACCAUACUAAAAAUAUUCUGAAUUAUAUUCUACAAAUAAGUCUGGGUUGGGGAAGGGUUGGGAAACUGUAUAAAAGGGUUAUUCUGACUUGAAAAAUAUACAUCUUACUAACAAUCUUGUGAUCUAGCUGUCUGUCAUUCUUUUGUUAUUGUGGCAGUAGCAGGAUUGCCUUUGUCUGUUCUCCCCCCCCCCCACUGUUUCAUUCAUUACACUAGUACUGUACUUCGUAAGUACAGCUAGUGAUUACUUAGCUUUGAGAACAAAAUGUGGCCAGUGUUACAGCUUUUAAUCAGUUGACUGAAUCGAAGAUAGUGAUGGAUAUUUUUAUGCCAUAAUGAAUAGGGCAUAUAAGCAAUACCAAAAAUUAAGCCUUGAAAAAGUGGGCCAGGCAACUUUUUUAAAAAUUGGAAAUGCAUUUACCAGUUUGUGGUAGUUUUACCAGUAGACUAAUGUAUUGGUAGAACUUGUGAACCUAAGAAAUAAGCUUCAUGCGUGUUGCAUUUGCCUAAUAUGUGAAUACACUAAUAAAAGUUCUAAUUCUCA